AUGAGAGCCGCGGAGGAACAGCCCGAAAGCGGCACAGCGAGAGGGCAACUACCACGCACGGACGCACCUCGUAGCCCAGCCCCGUACAACAUGAGGCAGUCCCGCGAGUACAUCGUUCACGGGCCUACUUCAGCCCCGUACUUUACGCUCCACGUUGCAGCCGAGGCAGCCGCCGUCUCACCGCCGUUCUGCAAGACUGUAGCCUCAACUUUGCCUCCUGCGUAUUUUCAUACGACAGGGGAGGGGUGGCGGGGCCGCAAGGCACUCCGGGCAUUAGGGUUCUCGGCCCAGAUGAGGCUGCCGUCCUUGCCCGUGUCCCCGCGGCGCCCUGAUUCACUUACAUCAACGUUGUGGCAGUCGAGCUGCACAUUGAUGCAGCAUCGCUGGCGGUUCAUCAAGAAGGAUGAAUUUGGCCUCGUGCGUUUGCCGCGACCAACAGAGGAGAUGAUGCCAAAGCACGUGUUACACAGCGAAAACUUUGCGGUGUGUCGCCUGGCCCAGGAAUACUCGUUUCCGCUCGGCAAUGCGGUGUGCAGACACGGUGUGCUGCGGCCGCCGGGUGCCCGUCAGAGUGGCGAGCUGCUCUCAGUGCCGGCGCAGCAACUGAGGCUGAAGAAGUGGGGGACGCGGCCAGUGUGUCUGGAGGGAACGCUGCAGGAUGACGACGGUGGUGCUGGAGACACCUCCAGAGUGGAAGCCUCUUCUUCCAGGGGCACAGCCCCUGCCUCGUCCCCCGCCCCAACAUCAGCACCCUCCCCAAUCGUGAAACCCGCGCCGGCAGUCGUCAAGGCGGAGGCGACAAGCACGAUGGCGGAGGUGGUGGUAGGGGAAGGUGGCAGGGCCACCCCCGGUGGAGGACGCACAUCAAUAUCGCCGCAUGCCUCGUCCCAUGAAGUGCCGUCAGUAACCUUGUCAUCCACGGUGGCCGACACAGUAGCAGAGGCACGUGACAGAAGCCCACGUUGCCCAUCGCCCACGAUAGCACACGCGGCGCAGCGUCUCCGUGAUACGUUGUUGACGGUCUCCUUUCAGCGAAUGGUUGACGACCUCGCGGAGGCAACUGCGUCCGGCCCGGAGGAAAAGAUGGCACUUGUCCGUCAUGCCCGCAUCUUCCGCGAACUUUCGCUUCUGUCACGCUAUCAUGAGAUGCACCCGCUGGUUGAGCUACGCCCCGCCAGCCGAGAUUUUCUCCACGUAAAAAGUCCUCGAACUGCCGUUCAUGAGGUGAACAGUUGUUUUCGCCUGUCGAAGCAGCCGCUGAGUAGGCAAGAGGCGACCACGGCACUGGUAGGGGAAGGCAUGAUACCAGCGGCGACAGGACAUAUGGCCAGCGUAUCGGCUGAGGACAGGUGUGAAAACGGGAGGAGUGAGAGGGGCACUGUGAGGGGCACUGCUGUGGGAAGAAUAGGAAGUCCUCAGCGUUAA